AUGGCCCGCACUCAAGAAUCACCCGAGGAAACUAACUGCUCAAACUCAACACAAGAUUCCAAUGCGGACGUCAACGACGCCGAUCUCAGACCAAAUGAUGCUAUGAGCGACGCUGAGACCAUAAAACUUCCGCUGAGGCCCCGACCCGACACGGCUGCCUCUAAUGAGAUUCAACAUCCUGCCCAGCCUACCCUGCCGCAGCCUGAGGCCGGCGAGUACAGCGGAGAUGGCAAUGUCCAAGAAGAAGAUGAAGAGAAUCAAGACUACGGCGAAGUCACCAACGAACCCCCAGCAGAGUUGAAGAAGAAGAGCAAGAAGAAGAGACGCAAGCCACCAAGUAAACGCGGGUUGGGCAAACCGACCGGUUUCGAAGACUACUUUGCAGACCCUCCCCUGACGCCAGAGCAGUAUGCUGAGGAGCAAGAAAUCUAUCAUCCUCGUCUUUCCUUCGUGGACAGAAUCACCACAGCCAUAGCGCGCUUCGAGAUGACGCGGAAACUCACCCCGCAGCGCAGAGACGUCCUGUACAAGUACCUCAUCUAUGGCAGUCUGACGAUAAGCCAGAAUGUCGGCCAGGGCGGCCAGGACACCGAAGGCAUGGACAAGACCCAGAUCGCCCACGCCUCGACACAAGUUCGGAUCAGCGACGACCUGCGGGAUCUGGGCACCGAGACGAGCCUUUACGAGGUCGACUUCCUCGGCUGCCUCAGAGGCUUCCUGAGCCGCCGCGCGAAGUCCAUCUUUGGCCUCGACACGCGGGACGAGGUCAAAAUGGUCUGUACCACCCUGGAGAGAUUCCUCGACUACCUUCUGCAGCGCGACGUCUGUCCAGAAUACAAGGAGGACGUACUCGCCGCCCGUGCGCUGUGCCGCAAAGCCGAGCCCGAGCUCUGGGACAUGGCCGAAGCGACGCGCCGUCUGCCGGGAGAAUUCAACGUGGCAUGCUCGACCCUCUUCGGUGGCAGCUACGCACGCGACUACGACGGGGAGACGUGGUGGGGGAACCCAGAUACCGAAGAGGCCGUAUUCGUAGGGUUGAAGCCCGACGAAGCCCAGCAGAUUGUGAGGUUCGGAGUAGCCGGCGCCGCCGACGAGGAAGUCUACACUGCAUUCCUCGCGGGCGUGCAGGACAAUGUCCCGGAGAUGAUGGACAUCGUCCACACGCAGGAACACACGGGCUUCGAGGUCACCCGCAUCGAGCCUCCCACCAGCGAAUGCAAAGCCAUCUACACGACACACUCUAAGCUCUUCCGCCCUGUCGGCCGCGUAUACGCGAAACCAUGGAAGAAUCCAGACGCGCUCCCCGAAGACCUCACCCCGUCCGAGCGAGCGGGCUCGUCCACCACCACGACCACGGGGUCAGAACCCGAGCCACAGGACGCGCCGCCCACGGAAUACGUCUUCUUUAUUGAGUCGAUCCUCCAGUCCUACAUCCGCGUGGGCACCAAAAUCGAAGCCACCGUCCGAAUCCUAGGCUGUGGGAUCAUGUUCUUCGACGAUGUGCUCAACGUGUACCCGACCUUCGACGAGUUUCUGGUCAACGAGAUGAUGGUGGGGUGGAAGUCGCCCAAGCCGCUCAAGGGCGCGCUAGAUUAUAUCUCUGAGGACGAUGAUAGUGGUAGUGACGGAGGAGAUGAUGUUGGUGGUGGUGGUAAUGUGGAAACUGGAGGAAAGAGUGUGUGA